UAGCGAGCUAAACACUGAGGAAAAAAAAAUUACAUAAGGAACAUUUUAGGAAUGUGAAAUUAUAUAUCGCUGUAUAAUAAUGUAAAUGUGAAGCAGGGAGUUUUUUCCGCUCCUUCGUGAACCAGUCAAAACAGGAUAGAUUAGGCUAGAGCUUGAUAAUCUACUAGUACUAGCAAACGACGUGAUUUUUAAAUAAGUAACGUUUGCUAAAAUAAAAACAUACGUCCAUACUGCUUAUAUAAAUAUUUCGACCACAUUACUAAUAAAAUUGCAUUUGCUGUGUCGAGAAAGCGGUGUCAGAUUCAGCGAGUGUAUAAUAUUUUUAACAUUACAUUAUUCAGUUUUAAUAAUUGAAGACACAAUGUGUGAUGGCAUGCAUGGUUCUUAUUGUUUAUGAAUAACAGCUUCCCUAGUAAGAGGGAUUGCGUUGAAAAGUGAGAAGCUAGCUAAGCUAAGUUGUGCUGUGAUAUUCGGUCGCUGAACUGGCCGCUGGGCUUGGACGGUGGACGGGAAUCCUGUCUGACUGAGCCGCUACGACGACGCAACCUGCUCGUAAAUCGGCCAUUAUGUCUCAUAUAAGAUGUAACAUCAUUAAUUUAGUGAUAGAAUUCAUAAGUUCUUUUGUUUUCCCAAGAGGAACCCAUGAAGGAAAUAAUGAAUACGCGAAGACAAUAUUCCUCUCUAAAGCCAGUGUAAUAUGGCUGACUAUUAUCACAGAUAGGAACCGAAUGCUGAGCCAGUACGCAAAUGGCGGAGGCUACGCUAAGCGCGCACUGUCGUCUCGACUUCUAAACUGGCGGCGUGUGUAAGCAGAUAACGAGGCCUACGUCAAAAACGUACUCUCUGUAUAACUUUUAAAGACAGCGCUUGUACGUAGAUGGACCGAUUUAGUUUUCUUACUUUAAAGAGAACCCUAGUACGCAAAUAGCGGAUCCUGCGCUGGUAUAGCAUUUUGAGUUCGUUCAAGAACGAUCACCAGUACGACGAUGACGGAAGCUACGCAGAUAACGCACGCUGGGCUCAACUUUUUGAAAAAGCUUUUUUUUUCCCGAAGAGCACAAAUCUCGAGCGGCGGAAUGGGGAAAAUGUAUACAUUUAUAUAAUCCAGUUUGCUUUCGGUGUGUGAUUGAAGUGGCAAAGAUGGGAAAAGAUCCGAAGAAGCCGAGAGGCAAGAUGUCGUCCUAUGCCUACUUUGUGCAGACUUGCAGGGAGGAGCAUAAGAAGAAACACCCAGAUGCCAGCGUCAACUUCUCAGAGUUCUCUAAGAAGUGCUCUGAGCGAUGGAAGACAAUGUCUGCCAAGGAAAAGGCAAAAUUUGAAGAGUUGGCCAAGCAAGACAAGGUCCGUUAUGAGAGGGAAAUGAAGAACUAUGUCCCACCAAAGGGCGAGAAGAAGAAGCGAACAAAAGAUCCCAAUGCUCCUAAGAGACCCCCAUCUGCAUUCUUCAUAUUCUGUGCUGACCAUCGCCCAAAAAUCAAGAGUGAGAAUCCUGGACUGUCUAUUGGAGACAUAGCAAAGAAGCUGGGAGAGAUGUGGAACAGCACAUCUGCAGAAGACAAGCAGCCAUAUGAGAAGAAGGCAGCUAAACUGAAGGAGAAAUAUGAUAAGGACAUUGCGGCCUACCGUGGCAAAGGCAAGCCAGCUCCUGCCACAGCAACAAAGGCAAAGAAAAAAGAUGACGAUGAGGAUGACGAUGAUGAGGAGGAUGAGGAUGAUGAGGAGGAUGAAGAGGAAGAUGAUGAUGAUGAAUAAAUUCGCUAAGCAUAGAGCCUAGGUUCUUGUUUAAUAUCAUUUGGUCUCCCUUUCCCCUUAUGUACACUCAUUUCUCCAAAUAAGAAAAUGCAAAACAAAGUGUUAGGCUGUGUAUAUCAGAUGUUUUUAAGCUGUACAGGUUUCCCCUCCCCCCCCCCCCCCCCCUCCUUUUUUUGUAAAGUUAACACUACAGAAGUGUCUUAGCCCUACGUUUCUUACUUUAGUGGUAGUUCAUGAACCACUUGGCCGUUGCCUGGCACUGGUUGUGAAACAACAUGCAGGAAUCGGGAUUCCAGUUGAUGCACAGCACAAAAUCUUAUUUUAUGUGGGGUAGUUGUUUGUUUGCAGAUGUAUUUUUGUUUUGUUUUUUAAUAUUCAACUUUUGCCGUAACAUGAGGUCUUUUGCUGUACUUUGAAUACCACUGUAAUUGCAAGAAUAAAAAUGCAGCUGUUUUUGUUGACAUUCUGAAUGCUUCUAAAGUAAAAUCUUUUUGUAAAAAACAAAA